CCGAUCAUUAUUUCCCUCCAUUAAUAACAAAAAAACAGUCAAUCGAUUCUCUCUUUGAAAAACACUAAAAAGAUUCGCCUGUCAUCCGUCGCCGGAACAAACGGAGAAAAUGGCGGUGGAGGAGGAGAAGAAGUCGCCGUUACUCGGAGAAACAAGUAGAAGUUUCAGUGACAGAGAUCAAACUUCCAAGUUUAAUCGCCGCUCCGAUGCCAUCGCUUACGGUUCUCCUUAUCAGAAAGCAGCUGCUCUCGUCGAUCUGGCUGAGGACGGAGUUGGUUUACCGGAGCAAAUACUUGAUCAAUCAAGCUUUGAAAGUGUUGCUAAAUUCUAUUUCGUCUAUAUUCAGUUUGAUAUUCUUUGGACUCUUAAUUACUUUGCUAUUAUUAUCCUUAAUUUCUUGGAGAAACCGUUAUGGUGUUCUAGUAAAAAUACUGUACAUUCUUGCACAGAUAGGGAAUAUUAUUUUCUUGGACAGUUGCCUUAUUUAACAGCAGCAGAGUCUCUCAUCUAUGAGGGAAUUACUCUUGUUAUACUCAUAGCUCAUAUCUUCUUUCCAAUUUCAUAUGAGGGGUCUCGUUUAUUUUGGAAAAAUCCUUUGAAUCUGUUGAAGGUCAUUUGCUUGUCAAUUUUGAUUGCUGAUUUACUGGUUUAUACUCUCUACUUGUCUCCUGUUGCGGUUGAGUACCUUCCUGCCAGGAUUGCUCCGUAUAUCAGAGUUUUCCUUUUUAUCUUGUACAUCAGGGAUUUGCAGAAGGGGAUAGUCAUUCUGGCUGGAAUGCUUGGAACAUAUUUAAAUGUCUUGGCACUCUGGCUAUUGUUUCUUCUGUUUUCAAGUUGGCUAGCCUAUGUGAUGUUUGAAGAUACACAACAGGGGAAACUAGUUUUUACCUCAUAUGGUAUUACAUUGUACCAGAUGUUUGUUUUAUUCACGACAUCCAACAAUCCAGAUGUAUGGAUACCAGCAUACAAGGCUUCGCGGUGGUAUUCUCUAUUUUUUGUCCUCUAUGUGCUACUCGGCGUAUAUUUUGUCACCAACUUGAUUCUUGCUGUUGUAUAUGACAGCUUCAAAGGCCAGCUUGUAAAACAAGUUUCUGAGGCAGACAGCAUAAGGAAAAGAAUGUUGGUGAAAGCCUUCAACCUCAUUGAUAAGCAUGAUGUUGGAUAUCUUAAUAAGGAUCAAUGUGUUCGUUUGUUUGAAGAAUUAAACAGAUAUAGGACUCUGCCAAAAAUAUCCAUGGAAGAAUUUGAAUUAAUAUUUAAUGAGCUGGAUGAUAUACGUGAUUUUAGGAUUGAUUUGGAUGAAUUUUCUGACCUAUGUAAUGCAAUUGCCCUAAGAUUUGAGAAGGAGGAUGUUCCAUCUUGCCUUGAGUGUUUUCCAUCAAUAUAUCGUUCUCCAUUCUCUCAAAAAUUGAAAGCCUUCGUGAAGAGCCCCAGAUUUGGCUACAUAGUAUCCUUCAUUCUUCUUGUCAAUUUGACUGCUGUUAUAGUUGAAACAACGCUUGAUAUUGAAAAUAAUUCUGGUCAAAAAGUGUGGCAAAAUGUAGAAUUUGUCUUUGGGUGGCUAUAUGUUCUGGAAAUGGCACUCAAAGUAUAUGCUUUUGGAUUUGAGAACUAUUGGAGGGAUGGCCAAAACCGCUUUGAUUUUGUGAUCACUUGGGUAAUAGUUAUUGGAGAAACUAUAACAUUUGCAUCUCCAACUGAUCUGACUUUUCUUUCAAAUGGAGAAUGGAUUCGUUACCUCCUCUUGGCAAGAAUGCUAAGAUUAAUAAGGUUGUUGAUGCAUGUCAAAAGUUAUCGAGCUUUUGUUGCCACUUUCUUAACCCUCAUACCAAGCCUGAUGCCAUAUCUGGGCACAAUAUUUUGUGUCCUUUGUAUAUAUUGCUCUCUUGGUGUACAGAUCUUUGGUGGAAUUGUCAAUGCUGGGAACCCCAAUGUGGAGGGCACAGAUCUUGCUGAAGCUGAUUAUUUACUUUUCAAUUUUAAUGACUAUCCAAAUGGAAUGGUGACACUUUUCAAUUUGCUGGUGAUGGGGAAUUGGCAAAUCUGGAUGCAGAGCUACAGAGAUUUGACUGGAACUUCAUGGAGCUUUGCAUAUUUCAUCAGCUUCUACCUUAUAAGUGUUCUAUUGCUUUUGAAUUUGGUUGUUGCAUUUGUCUUGGAAGCUUUCUUUUCUGAAAUGGAACUUGAGACAUCAGAGCAAGAUGAAAACAGGGAUGCGAGACGUGCAAAGAAGCCUCGAAGCUUUGGCACAAAAACUCGCAGUCAAAGAGUUGAUGCUCUUCUCCACCAUAUGCUGAGCUCUGAGCUGGAUCACAGUCACCCUGAACCAUAAAUCAUCUUAUAUUUUCUGGUUUUGGUUGGUUAAUAGGGUUCAUCCCAUUUAAUUAUGGAAACACUGAAAGGAAGUGCAGAGAAAGUUUUAUUCUUGCAUUAGCAUGGUGUACAUACUCGGUUUAUUUAGGGUCUCUUUUUGUUUGUGUUGUGUUGUGUGUAUAAUAUGCACUUUUAAAUCCCAAAGCAAUUAGGUGAUAUACCUGGGAUAUGUAUAUGACGUGGUUUUCUGAAAUAUCUUUUAUGUUUUGUUGAUUUAUAUAGCAAAUCAAUGUGGCAUGCUAAAUUUAUCAA